CCAACCGCGCAUCAAGACGCCGUUCCUUUUCUCCUCGGAGCCGAUCCCGUAGUAGAGACGAAUACCGCGGAAGGAGAGACCGUUCCCCCAUGACUGGAACCGGCGCUCCGUCUGGAGGAUCUAGCACUGGCUACGGAGGGGCACCGCCACACCGAUCGUAUGAGGAGCGCGCAGCCGCCCGCGAGCAAAUGAUGAGCAAUAUUAGGGACACGUCUCAGCAGGAUCGCCGCGUCUACGUCGGCAACCUUUCCUACGAUGUGAAGUGGCAUCAUCUCAAGGACUUCAUGCGACAGGAGGUUCUCUUCGCCGACGUGUUAUUACUUCCAAAUGGAAUGUCGAAGGGAUGCGGAAUUGUGGAAUAUGCGACGCGGGACCAAGCCCAGAACGCUGUGGCUACCCUCAGCAACCAGAACCUCAUGGGUCGACUUGUCUACGUUCGAGAGGAUCGCGAAGCUGAACCUCGUUUCAUCGGCGCCACUGCCAACCGCGGCGGCUUUGGUGGCGGUGGUGGUGGUGGAAUGAACCCCGGUGGUUUCGGCGGCGGCGGUGGCGGCGGCGGCUACAACCCCGGCGGGGGCAGCCGACAGAUCUAUGUUGCCAACCUUCCCUACACCGUAGGCUGGCAAGACCUCAAGGACCUGUUCAGACAGGCUGCUCGCAACGGAGUCGUAAUCCGCGCCGAUGUUCAUCUAGGACCUGAUGGCCGCCCCAAGGGAUCGGGAAUUGUCGUGUUCGAGAACCCCGACGAUGCCCGCAAUGCGAUUCAGCAAUUCAACGGUUAUGACUGGCAAGGACGUCUCCUCGAAGUCCGUGAGGACAGAUUCGCUGGCGCGGGAGGCCCCAUGGGCUUCGGAGGUCGAGGCGGCUUCGGUGGUGGCAUGCGAGGCGGUUUCGGCGGCGGAUACGGUCGAGGCGGCUUUGGCGGUGGUCGUGGUGGUUUUGGCGGCGGCGGGUACGGUCGUGGAGGCUUUGGCGGCGGCGGCCCCGGCCCCGGCGGCCCCGGCGGCCCCGGCGGUCCUGGUGGCCCCGGUGGUCCUGGCGGCUUUGACGCUGGCAACGCUCCUUCUGUGCCUCCUAACCCCUUUACUGACUACGCAACCGCUGGAACCGAUCGCAGCGAGGUCAUCUAUACACGAAACCUUCCCUGGUCCACGAGCAACGAGGAUCUCGUUGAACUGUUCACGACUAUCGGAAAGGUUGAACAGGCCGAGAUUCAGUACGAGCCGAGCGGUCGGUCUCGCGGAACUGGCGUGGUCCGCUUCGACUCUGCAGAGACUGCGGAAACUGCAAUCGCCAAGUUCCAGGGCUACCAAUAUGGUGGCCGACCAUUGGGACUGAGCUUCGUCAGAUACCUCAACGCUCAAGGUGGUGGUGAUAGCAUGGAUACCGAUGUCCACGCGGGCUUGACGCAGGAUCAGAUCAUGUAAAGUGUUUCGAAUGAGGUGAUGCCCCAUCAACAUGGCAUCCGGAGGACUGGGCCCUGGCUUGUUCGUCAUUUCACAUGAGCGACAGCCCGGUCAUUCGAUGUGGCAAGCCAUCAUUCAAC